AAUGCCCUGGCACAUGCCUAGAUCCCAGCCAGCAAGGAGUUCAGGUCGGAAAAGGGCCACAAGUUUGUGACUGUCCUGGCGAACUUCGGGGCCACGAUGGUGGAGAAGGUGGUGCUGGUCAGCCUUCAGAGCGGGUACCUCUUCAUCCAGACAGACAAGACCAUCUACACUCCCGGCUCCACGGUCCUCUACCGGAUCUUCACUGUGGACCACAAGCUGCUGCCAGUGGGCCGGACCAUCGUCGUCAGCAUUGAGACCCCAGAUGGCAUCCCCAUCAAGAGGGACACUCUGUCUUCUCAAAACCAGUUUGGCAUCGUGCCCUUGUCUUGGAACAUCCCAGAGCUGGUCAACAUGGGGCAGUGGAAGAUCCGGGCCCAGUAUGAGAAUUCGCCGCAGCAGGUGUUCUCCGCUGAGUUCGAGGUGAAGGAGUACGUGCUGCCCAGCUUCGAGGUCCUGGUGGAGCCCGCAGAGAAAUUCUACUACAUCGAUGACCCGAAUGGCCUGGAGGUCACCAUCACAGCCAGGUUCCUGUAUGGGAAGAACGUGGACGGCACCGCCUUCGUCAUCUUCGGGGUCCAGGAUGGCGACCAGAGGAUCUCACUGCCCCAGUCCCUCCAGCGCGUUGUGAUCGAGGAUGGCACCGGGGAGGCCACCCUGAGCCGCCAGGUGCUGCUGGAUGGUGUGCAGCCCUCCCGAGCCGACGCCCUGGUGGGGAAGUCCUUGUACGUGUCUGUCACUGUCAUCCUGCACUCAGGCAGCGACAUGGUGGAGGCAGAGCACAGUGGGAUCCAGAUCGUGACCUCCCCCUACCAGAUCCACUUCACCAAGACGCCCAAGUACUUCAAACCAGCCAUGCCCUUCGACCUCAUGGUGUAUGUGACAAACCCUGAUGGCUCUCCAGCCCGCCGUGUGCCCGUGGUGAUUCAGGGCAAUGAUGUGCAGUCUCUGACGCAAGACGAUGGCGUGGCCAAGCUGACCGUCAACACGCCCAACAGCCGGCAGCCACUGACUAUCACAGUGAGUCCCGCCAUCCUGGGGCUCCCGCCACCAGGGAGAGGGUGCCCCAGGGCUUGGCACUUGUACGGAAGGACCCUGCCAUUUGCAAGAUUUGCAAGUGGGGUGCUGUUGCAGGCGUGGGGGGAUCCUCCUGGGGCAGAGGUCAGCUGUCUCGGGGGCCACAGAGGAGCACAUGGCCUCUGGCACUGAGGAGUCCAGAUCCUA